CAUUUUUGUCUGUGUUUUAAAAGUUUGGGAUAAUUUUUAAAUAGGAAAUUACAAAUAAAAUGUUAUUUUUAUUUUUCAAUAAGAAUUGAUGUGAAUGGGCGUCCAUCAGUGGAAGCCCAAUAAGAACGGAGAGGCCCGGAUUUCCGUGGGCUGGACCGAUCGUCUUCGGUGUUUCCUGGUUAACUUUUAUUCCCACUUCCCAGUAAGAACCGAGAGUCUUUUAAAGAGAGCGGGCGAAGAAGAGGAAUGGCGGAGGGCGGCUUGGAAGAGUGGCUGCCCCUUUUCCAGAUUUUCCUCGACUCCGCCGCCGCCGACGGCGACGCCUCCCUCUGGCUCCGAAAUCACCGCAGAAGCGGACAGCACCCUACCACCGCUUUUCUUUCUCUCCUCCUCUCCGCCGCCCCCUCCCUCCAUCUCCCGUCGGCCAUCUUCCUCCAAACCCUCCCCCAAUCCCUCCAAUCCCGCGUCCUCUCCUUCCUCGCCGUGCACCACCGCCUCUUCCCUCGCUCCCGCCUCCGUUCCCUCGCCGCCCGCGUCCUUGACUACUCCGGCCCCGCCCUCGGGCCGGCAUUUUGGGCCCGCAAGGCCGCCCAGCACCUGCUCGACUCCGUGUCCUUUUCGACUCCCGUUCCCUCUUCUGGGGAGGAGAACGACGACGGCAUAUAUGCCUUGCCGGAGUGGCUCAAAGAUCCCGUAUUUGCUUCCGAUCCUCUUCUCACAUGGCUUCCUAUCGCCCCCGGUUUGCUGCCAAAGACAACCGAUCGAUCGAUAUCGAUCGCUGUUGAAACCCAAGCAAUGGACUUGGUCACCGAUCGAGAAGAUGCUCGGGAAAGUUCUGGAUCCGCGACGUACUCUUCUCCUCUUCCUCCUCCUCUGACGACGAAGAUUGUUCUCAGCCCUAGAUUAAUCGAGCGUGUCUUAUCUCUGAAAGAAAAUCUGUUGGCCUCGGAGGCGCCGGCGGAAGUCAUUCGCCUGGCCGAACUAAUCCGUCAACUCUGCUCGGAAUCCGGAAACGGAAGCCACCUCGCAAUUCUCGACCUUCUCGAGCCAUGGGAAACCCUAGACGAGACCGCAUCGCUUCUCCUCUCCAGUCUCUCCGGCGAGCAUGUCUUGAACUUUACAGGAUGGCACGCCCACCUUCUCUGCUCCAUCCUCCUACCCAAGUUUCUCUUCCUCCAGCAGCCGCCGUCAAGAUUGCUCCUUUCCUCCACCAUCCAAUUCUGCCGGCUUCAUCCGGUGGCAGCAGUGGAAGCUCUCCUCUUCCCGUUGGCGCUCCGGAAGGAAGGACUCAAUGCUGCUCUCUGCGACGUGCUCGCGCGAGUCGUCAAAGAAUGCUUGCAUCCCGUGCACGCUUCCUCCGCAUGCCAGAGACUGCUCUCCGCCAACGCCAUGGAUAGAAACCCCGUGCUGCUGGCUCGCCACCGGGAGUCGAUACGCGACGAGGUGGUGUGGACGGAGUCCAUGUUCGUGCUGUUUCAGCAUAUCCUGAAUCAAAAGGUUAGUUUGCCUCCUGAUUCUGUAGAUUGUCUUGCGUCCGCCAUCGAUGAGAAGGCAAGCGAGUUCUCAGGGUCUCUCAAGUUUGGGAACCUCAUGCUCUGCUUUGUAACCAAAUGCGACGGCGCUUUGAAGCACAAGACUUUGUUGGAGAAAGCUGCUGGAAGGACACAGACUUUUGUGACCAAAUCAAUUCUGUCUAAGUUGAAUGUUAUGUAGAAGUAGAUUUCGAUAACUAUUUUGUUAA